CCCCCACCCACCCCCUUAGAUUGUGCGUGCGUGUCCACCGGGGGGACCCCACGCUCGGAUGGAAAGUCUCCCCGUCCCGAUGCGUCUUUUUCUGCUUCCACGGACGAAUUUGAAGAGCUGAGAAGUUGCGAGGCAAGCGGACUCUGCAUCGGACAGCCGGACUGUUUUCCUUUUUCUUCCCUUUGACGCUGCUGCACCAUCGAGGCGAGACGGCGACCUCAGUCGAUUACCUUUCUUUGCUCUGCUAUCCCAUGGAUAUUCACUGCAAGGCAGACCCCUUCUCGGCCAUGCACCGGCACGGCGGCGUGAACCAGCUCGGCGGGGUGUUUGUCAACGGCAGACCCCUCCCGGACGUGGUCAGGCAAAGGAUCGUGGAGCUGGCCCACCAAGGGGUUCGGCCGUGCGACAUUUCCAGACAGCUGCGGGUCAGUCACGGAUGCGUCAGCAAAAUCCUCGGCAGGUACUACGAAACGGGCAGCAUUAAACCAGGCGUGAUCGGGGGGUCCAAACCGAAGGUUGCCACCCCGAAAGUGGUUGAUAAAAUUGCGGAGUACAAACGGCAGAACCCGACUAUGUUCGCCUGGGAGAUCCGGGAUCGGCUACUGGCCGAGGGCGUGUGUGACAAUGACACUGUACCCAGCGUCUCGUCCAUCAACAGGAUUAUCCGCACCAAAGUCCAGCAGCAGUUUCACCCGUCCCCCGACGGAUCCGUCACGCCGCUCUCCACACCGGGACACACCAUAGUACCCAGCACAGCCUCCCCACCUGUGACCAGCGCCUCCAACGACCCCGUAGGCUCCUACUCCAUCAACGGCAUUCUGGGAAUCCCCCGCUCCAACGGUGAGAAGAGGAAACGAGACGAAGUUCUCUGGACUGGCAGCCAUUUGGACGGAAGGAAAAUAGGACAUUGUGGCUCAGAUGGUUCCGGCCCAGGCAGCGAUUCUCAGGGCAGCGUGGAAAGUCUAAGGAAGCAUCUGCGAGCGGACGCGUUCACCCAGCAGCAGUUGGAGGCCCUGGAUCGCGUGUUCGAACGCCCUUCCUACCCGGAUGUCUUCCCUACCUCCGAACACAUCAAACCCGAGCAGGCCAAUGAGUACUCCCUCCCGUCGCUGAACUCCGGCCUGGAAGACGUGAAGCCCAGCCUCUCCAGCAGUGGCGGCGCAGACCUCGCCUCCAGCGUCUCCCAGAGCUACUCGGUUGUGACAGGUCGAGACAUGGCGAGCACCACCUUACCGGGCUACCCGCCUCACGUACCCCCAACGGGACAAGGCAGCUAUCCCACCUCGACACUUGCCGGAAUGGUUCCAGGAGGGGACUUUUCUGGAAACCCGUAUUCUCAUCCACAGUACACAACUUAUAACGAAGCAUGGCGGUUCAGCAAUCCAGCGUUACUAAGUUCCCCUUAUUAUUAUAGUGCCGCAACCCGUGGCUCAGCACCUCCCACUGCUGCCGCUGCCUACGACCGCCACUAGUUACCAUGGAGACCAUCUCAAACUGCAGGGCCACGGCUCGGGCCUCCGUAUUGUCCCCGUCUGAGAAAACACUGAGGUCAAAGGGAAUUGCGACGAAGGGAUCCUAAAGGAAAGGCCCACAGGGACACGCGGACUAGAAAGGAAGGUGGAUGCCAAUGCGCCAUAAGAGUCACCACAACCAUCCUGCCCUCACUGUCCAAGAAUGACUUUUAAGAGAUUAUUAUAUAAAGUAUAUAUAUUAUGAAAUAUAAAUUGAAGACGUGUGAAGAUUCCAUGUGGAAAAAAACAUGCUGUGGGUUUUUAAUUUUUGCCUCUUUGUUGCUGUUGUUCAUUUACUCAUGCAUCUUCACGUUCCUCAUCAAAUGCAGUAUUUGUCCACUCUUAAAGACCCUGUAAAUUGAAAUCAGAUUUGAAUAUACGUAAUUAUUGCGCAAAGACUGAGAACUAGAAAGUAUUACCGAAUUUUUGAAAUUUUAAUUUUUCAAGAUUUUUUUUUUUCCGAAAAAACAUUUCAUUUCACUUUACAGGGACUUCAUGAGAUACAAACAGGAUUGAUGGUUUUAAACCUUGCUGGUGAAGAUAAAUGUGCUAAGAGGCUUCCAAUGGAUGUUAACUGCUUCACUGCCAUUGACGGCAAUAGAAAUGAAAGCGAAUGAUCGCAGAUAGCCCUGCCACUUCAAACGGAUUGGACGUUUAUCGCCGUCAAUGGCAGCCACUGCGUUAAUUAUGGUCCCGUGUCGUAUGGUGCUCGUGCUUCAUUUCCUAUUCGCUGAUCCUCAUGAAAAAAAAAUGGCGGCUUCAUCUACGGAUGCGGCAAACAAUCAGAUGUAAAUUGUUUUACAAAAAAUAAAAUUGUCGACUUGGAUUUUAAAUAUGUUAAAUUAUUUUUUUUCUGUCACAAAUUGUAAUGUAAAAAAUUCUGAGCGUAGUUGUCACACUUUGUUAAUAUUCCCGUUAAGUCCAUAAACAUCCUUUUUUGCACUAUAAUCUUUUCGGUUUAUUUUUCAAAUUUGCUGAUUCCGAAAUGAAUUUUUUGGAACAAGACUGACGUGGUGUGCAUGGACUUUGUAAGCCAUAGCUCCUUGGCUCCACUCCAAAUUCCUAAUCAGCUACUUGGUCAUACCACUAGAUGCCUACAGUUGCGCAUACCAACUGUAACUUACUAACUUAGCUUCAACGUAUGCCUUAUAGCCCGAUUUGUUCGACUUUCAAUACACACGCGCGGCCGUCCUUCGCCUCACAUUUAACUCUCACAGUGGACUGGAAAAAAAAAAAUACUGGUCCUUUUUUUCUUUUUUGACUAUUUUGUGAAUGUAAUUUUAACUACAUUUGCCAAAGACUUAGUUUGAUAUUUAAUAUUUUAUUUACUGUGUGCAUAAAUGAAGCAGUAUUAUCUUCGAAAACACGUCAACAAAAUGUCGCUCCGUCGAACAACCGGCGACUCAAGCGUUCGCUGCUUUGUAGAAUGAUUUGUGAAUAUUGUGAAGACAAUUCUUCUUUGUAAAUACCGCAGCUCACCCUCUUUGUAGAUAUAAACAGACCGAUGCAUUUACAUGUGUGUCUUAAUUGUCACGUUGUGCUAUAGAGGAAGGCGCAACUGCUGUUUGUAGCAGGCUCACAUUGCAAAUUUGCAGGCUGUCCUUGUCAUUUUCUGUCCAUGAUAAUGCCAUGAUGAUGUUUUAUGUCACUAUGCAACAAGUUAAAUGGCUCUUUGUAUCAUCUUUUGUUGUCGGGCCACGGACUAACGCUUGUGUGCGGCGUCAAAGUCCGUUCCUUUCUGCGACGGUUCGUCUGCAUUGGGGUAAAAAAAAAAAAAAUCAACACAACUGCUGUCCCGUCGGCCAUUUAUAGAUGUUGUGAUCAUUGAGUUCAUAAGAUUCAGCUCUCAAUGUAUAGACGCAUCCAUUUCAUCCCCUCCUACAAGUAAAAUCCCAUAUACUGUACAUCUUCUGGUACUGUGAUGAUGUCAGAAGCAGACACUCUCUCGCUUCUUUCUGUCCACAAGUAGCUGGACAUGUCGGUAAAAGGAGUGAGCGCAGAGUGCACGCCGCCGUCAUCAAAAUGAGAAUCUUAGCUGUGCUAAGUGGAGCACCUCUGAGGGAAUGGCUCUGUUGUAAAAAUGAUGCACAGGAGGUGUGUCAUGGACGUAAAAGGGGAUUUCUGAUGAGAAAGCUAUACGGAAAGCCCUGUGGCCUC